UACGCCUCUCAGUCUGCGUUUAUAACCCGCUUUACAAAAGAGUCAGGACAGUAUGACUCAAUCUUUGGGCUGAGCUGGCGUCUGGUGCGAUGGAUUGCCGUCCACCCCUGAGGAUGAAGGCGACGCUGCUGAUUGUGUUCCUGCUCAAAUCUACCAACAUCAUCAGGCUACAUGGAAGUCCGUUAGCAGGAGCGGACUACAAUCUUCACUGUGUCAAUGAUUACCUAACCACCGUCUACUGCUCUCUGAACAUCACUCCAUCAGAAAACACCUCAAACAGCAACAGCUCCUACUGGCUCAUUUUUACAGAGAGCGAAACGUACGAGUGCAUGCUGACACACACCAAAGAGAACUAUUUCUGCACAUUUAACAUAUCAGACACGGAGCCUGAUUAUGGCAAUACGUUUACAGAUUUAGAUGAAUACAAAAUCUCACUUUGCCACGACCCAAAAGAGUCUGAAACCUGUGACGUGCUAGAUGAGCAGUAUCUACCUGUGGGCAACAUUAAACCAAACGCGCCGUGCUGCCUCUCGGUCAGCCACAACUCAAGUCACCACCACUUUGCUUGGAAAAGCACCUACGAGACUUACACCAGUUUCACUGAUCUGCCUGACAACCUGGAGUACCAGCUCCAUUACUACAAGAGGAGAGAACAGAAGGUAAAAUUUCGUAAAAUUAGCACACAAAGUACGGGUAUUUCUUUUGAAGAUCAGAACUUUGAACCAGACACCGACUAUGGUGCUAGAGUACGGUCCAUUCCCAAUGCGGGUAUGUACCAAGGCGAGUGGAGUCACUGGUCUGAUGAGGCUCACUGGAGGACUAACCCUGCUGUGGAUGGUUUCUCAACGCGCACGUUCAUUUCUGAAAUGUGUAAGAAGGUGCUCAUUCCCAUCUGUGGGCUGGUGGUAUUCGUCAUAUUGAUCUGCUACGCUCCUGUUAAAAAGUGGAAGCAAAAUGUGUUUAUCCCGACUCCGGCUCCCUAUUUCCACACCCUAUACAGUGACUGCCAGGGAGAUUUCAAGAGCUGGGUGGUUACGCAAGAAAACACAGCAGACAUGCUAGAAAAAGAGGAAACGCUUCAGAUCGACACCUUGACAAAGUGUGCAGAAGUCCAGGAGGAUGACUGUCCACCCCACUUUGACCAGCACGUGAUGGAGGGCAGCUCCUACAGCAACAUAACUCCCUCAGUCUGUGAUACCACUCUCCUGGGCGUCCCGUACGCUGUGAGCACCAUGAUUCCACUCUCAGCUCAGGGGAGCCCAACGAACAGCCUGGUUCUAGACUCCCAAUUAGGGAGUCCUUCUGGAGACUCGGGCUGCUGGCUCUGCAGUGACACGUCCCUAGAAAGGGACCCUCCCUGGUACUGCAAUGAGUACUGCACCCUGAGCGCCUUCCAGCAGUCCAGUUCUGUCCUGGCAGAGCACCAUGGAAGCUUGUAAAAACAAGUCUUGCCCAACAGGGAUCAACUCAGAAAGCUUGAAAGUUGUCAUGAAAAGGAACAUUUUUCCACUGGACGGAGUAGUCCACGUUAUGAUUCAGUAGCUAAUAGAACCUGUAGCAGAAAUAACUCAUUUUAUCAGUCCUUCUCAUUCAGUUUAUUGUGAAUUGUGCGUAUUAAGCUAUAAACAGUCCUCAGGAGGUCCCACCACAGGAUUUCAAUCAGGCUGUGGUCUAGACUUCUGGGUCAUUGCAGCACCUUGAAUUUGUUUUUCUGUUUUGUUUUUUUAAACAGAUUUUAUGUAGCAUUUAGUUACAUGUUGUCCAUGUACUACUUCACUUAUGUUUUUAUCUUCUAUGCACAGUCCAAACCUGUCUGGAAACAGAGUGAAAGUCUCAUUUUGUGACUCAUCCGUUUUGUUUCUGCAGCACUGAAACGCAAGAUGAACUUCUGUGUAUAUUCUACUCUUAAUAAAGAAAAUACAACAUUU